UCUCUCUAUCUCGACCCUUCCUUAAAACCCCAUCAUAGGGCUCUCCCAAUCCUCCGAAAACCCUAACUAACCUCAAAAACCAAACCAAACCAACACCUAAAACCAUAAGGGGAAAUGACCAAAUCCAACCACAGCCAUUCUUCUCCUCUACCCUCCUGCUUCCGCCCUCCCACCACCACCACCACCAACCACCACUCCAUGACGGCGGCGCCACCACCCACCUCCACCUCUCCCAACCUCACCACCUCCGUCUACCACACCGACUUAGGCCUCUUCGCCCUCACCUGGUCCCGCACCGCCCUCGGUCGCUCCCUCCACCUCCACCUCCUCCUCAACAACAACAACAACAACAACCCUUCCUCAAACCUCACUCUCUCUCCUCCCUCUUCCACCCCAUCUUUCCACCUCCACAUCAAACCCUUCAUUUUCUGGAACAAACAAGGAUCCAAAAAGCUCAAGAUGACCAACACAACCACCACCCCCAAAACAGUCCACGUCUUCUGGGACCUAUCCAAAGCCAAAUUCGGGUCCCGACCCGAGCCCCAAUCCGGGUACUACAUAGCCGCCGUGGUCGACGGCGAAAUGACCCUCCUCGCCGGCGACUCUCCGGCCGAAGCCUAUACCAAGACACGAGCUCAUGAGAAUCCCAAGAAAUCCCAACUCAUGGUCCUGAGAAGAGAGCACGUGUACGGGGACAAACUGUACACCACGAAAGCCGAUUUCGGAGGCAAGAGCAGAGACAUCUCCAUCGAUUUUUCCAGAGCAGGCGACGACUGGAGGCUCUAUUUCAGCGUGGACAACAAAAGGGUAUUGAAAAUCAAGCACUUGAAGUGGAAAUUCAGGGGAAACGAGCGAGUCGAGGUCGACGGGGCACACGUGAAUGUCUCAUGGGACGUCUACAACUGGUUGUUCGAAGAAGAUGACAAUGGGUUCGCUCUUUUUAUGUUCAGGUUCGACGAGGAGAGAGAUCACGGAGUUGGGUAUUUGAAUGAGAGAAAUGGAGGGCUGUUUUGGUCGCAGCAGUCGUCGUGUGGGUUCGGGUUUGAGAAGAAGAAGAUGAAGAAGAGCUUGUUGAGAGGGACUAGAAGCUCGUCGUCUUCGUCUUCUCUGUCUUCAGCUUCUUCUGGGUGUGGUUCUGUUAUGGAGUGGGAGAGCGUUGAGGAGAAUGAACUGAAAGAUCCUUCUGGUUUCUCUCUCCUCGUCUAUGCUUGGAAGAGAUGAUGAUGUUGGAGUCAAUUUCGGGUGUUCGGAUUAACUUACACAUGUUCACUAAUUUUUUUUCGGUUCGAUCAAAAGCAGGUUAUCCAAGCCGAGACCAGUAAAAUUCAGAAAAAACCUUUCUUACCGCCCAGAACUCAAGAAUCAUGCCCUGGUCAAUUAUGGGGAAUCAAAUUACAUCAUUUCUCUCCUCUGGUUUUUUGGAAUUGGGUAAUUAUGCUCUGUUCUAUUUGGUUUUCUCUGACAGUUUGACUAACCCAUUUGUUGGUGAACAUAAACAUAAGAAAUCAAUGUACAAGAUAAGUAGAUAGUAGGAGAUCUAAAUUGUAGAUUCUGACUUCUUCUUCUUCUUUUUUGUGUUCAUUAUUCAUUAUUGUGAUGUGCCCCUGAGAAAAUGGAAAGGAAAGGCUAGGGAAAAAGGCAAGGAAGAGGAAGAGAAAAUGUCUUCUUUGUCUUGUUGGUCAAAUUACAGAGUUAGGUCUUGGAUUGAAAAUAGGGAUUGUUGUGUAAUUUCAAUUCAAUGUUGUGAAACAGUUCCAAAAGGUAUAUGAUAUGAUAUUAGUAUACAAAA